AGCGGUAGCAGCUGGCGAGAGGAUAUCAACGCGUAGCGCACAGCUCUGUUCUGUUCAAGAGGAGGAUGCGCAUCUUCGCUGUCAUCUGGGCGGUCUGCUUCUUCUUGAAGGAAGUGCAAGCGUGGGGCUUCAGAAAUGGAAUCUUUCAUAACUCCAUAUGGUUGGGUAAAUCAUGCUUUCUUUUGUUAUCUUCAUUACUUUUCCAACAAGGAUAGGCUACUUUUGGAACUUUUAAGCUUUCCAACAACUGCGGUUGGAAACAUUGGCUUUCUGUAGGACAUUCUCCUGAAAGUGUUCUGUGUUUGUAUUUUACAAGAUGGUUAUGGAAUGUUCCGAUGUAACGUUUAGCACAACUAUGACAAAAAGUGUAUCAAAUAACAUUGAUCAGCUUUGGUAUGGUUUUCUUUUGUUUGGGUUGCUUGGUCAAAGGCCUAUAAGAGGCGCCGGUUUCUCUUUGAUGUGUCUACAGAACUUAGGCUAAUUAUCAUUCCCAUGUGUUAGAAAAAGUUUUACUUUAUAUGUUCACUUCUCUAACCGCUCUUUAUCUUCAACAUAAUCUCACAAUCCUGCACAACAUAGGCUAUUUAUAUAUAUUUUUUAGCCUAAAAACAUUUAGCAUUAAUUAAACCUGAUAACAGUGUGCAAAGCUGUCAUCAAGGCAAAUGGUGGCUAUUUGAAGAAUAUCAAAUAUCAAAUAUAUUUUGAUUUGUUUAACACUUUUUUGGUUAUUACAUGAUUCCAUAUGUGUUAUUUCAUAGUUUUGAUGUCUUCACUAUUAUUCUACAAUGUAGAAAAUAGUAAAAAUAAAGAAAAACCCUUGAAUGAGUAGGUGGUCUAAAAGUUUUGACUGGUAGUGUAUAUAUAUUUUUACAAUUCUCACAAAAGUAGUGCACUGGGCCUUUAAUAGUCCUGUAUUAGGGGACCAAUAUAGCCCGUCUGAAGCGCGGGCAAAAACUAUUUUCCCACCCCCAAACUACUUCCCACGGCUAUGCCCCAACCAAUUUCAAUGGAAUGUGUCAUAUAGGCUACUUCUGAUAGAGUUAAUGAGCUCGACUUGCCCAUCAGACCUACACACUUCUGGAACACAUAAACUAAACUGCAUGUUUUCAGGAAUAUGUCAUGUGACCCAAACUCCCUAUAUAAUUUGGUUAGACUAAUAGUGAGACACACCACUCUCUAGGAUUAUAAUGAAAACGAGGCACCACCUCACGAGGCACCUUGGAGGAAGAGGUUGGCUAGUAGGUGCAAAUAUUGACUCGUAGCUAAUUUGGACUGCACUCCAAGUCCUACAAGGUCAUGCAUGAUAUCAAAACAGGUUCAAAGGAGGACCCCCCAUAGAGAAGCACAGGAGUAUGACCACUCCCGAGAGGGAGAUUACAAAUAUUUAGCGUCUGUCCUAAGGCUUUCUAUCCAACCACAACACGUUACGGAGUUGAAAGUUGUUGGCCUAUCCACCGUGUGUGUUUCAUGUUUAUUUUCUUCCGCUAUGAACUUCUUAGUCUGAAAGCCACUUUGCUUGUUCUAGCUCCCUGAGAAGGAUUCCCACAAUCUUGUAAAACAGAAUAUUUUCCACUUGUUUCCUGUUGCCUGGAUACGUAUCAUUGUGGUUGUGGCAGUGGGACACUAUACAGGCAUUGGCAGCAUAUCUGUUGUUCUGUAGUGCUUUGAAAGUGAUAGCAGUAUUGACUGACUGACUGGGACUUCUUUUUUUCUGGACAGAGCAAGCUGCUGGAGUCUACCACAGGGAAUCACGUAAAGGGAGAUACCAGCUGACUUAUAAGGAGGCCAAGGCCGUGUGCAAAUACGAAGGAGGAAAUCUGUCCACUUACGAUCAACUGGAGGCUGCUCGUCAAAUAGGUUUGCAAUGCAAUAACUUCCCUAUUCCCCCAAUCCCCCUUAGUCCCCUCUAGUCCGUGUCCUCCAUCUCUCCCUCCCCCCUCUCUCUCUUUCUCUCUCUCUAUCGCUGUCUCUCUUUCUCUCUCUCCCCCUCUCUGAAUUUAUAAGGAAAGAGUAUGGAGGACUAUAACUCAGAAGCAGCAUAAUGUUGCCAAUUGGAUUCUGUCAAUGUCAAUGCAGACUUUCAAAAUAAUGAGUGGCCCCUGAGCCCUGAGUUUACGAAAUGCCGUUACCACUGUUGAUUAACGAUGCCUUACAGUUUGCCUAAGAGCACAUAUAAUUAAACAGUUUAAAUUAUCCAACCAUGUGUUCACUGGUCAAGCAAUGGCAGGAAAGAGUGUGUUUAUCUUGCCUUUCUCCCAUGAAAUCAAUCAGAGAUGUCUUGCCACUGCACUACAGCCUGUUGCUCUGUGGGACUGCAGCCGGACCCAAUCCACUCCCUACCCUUUCCCCUAAUCCUUCGAUGUCUGCAGAUCAGAAAGAUAAUAUAAGCAGUGUAGGGGUGUGUUGUUUUCACCAUAUUCCCUACACCUUACAGAUCAAACAUCAACGGUUUAGGGUCAAGGAGAAGGGGUAUAGGGAGUGAAUUGGUACCAGCUUGAGAGGUCUCCCCAGUAUAGUAAGAACAGUAACAUCUGCCUGGCUGGCUUAUGGUAACAUUCGUUCCCAUGGCAGACAGACUGAAGCCAGACCAGGCCCUGACUUGGGAAACCACAACUUGUAUGUCUGUGGUUAGAGCAGAGCUGCCCCAUGGCCAAUUAUCCUAGGAGGUCUGAGUUUGUCUCCCCUGCAUUUCCUGACUGACUGUGGUCCACUGAUUGUGACUGGAGGCUUUUUUUAGAUACAUUGGAGUUCAUUAUGCUUUACCCCCACCACCCACCACCCAUCCACAUCCCCACAUCAAUGGUCCGCUUGUAAUUGCAGAUGCAAAGUCAGUGGAAGGCACAUUUUUGACAGGGACCGUAGCAUUUCCAAAGACAGGGUUUUGUUUUAAGGAUACGAGCAAGACGAAUGGCUGGUGGUAACCCAAUAUGGCCAUGGAUAUUCUGUAAGAGUGAUUUAUCUGUGGUACUAAGAGGGGGAUGCUAGCUCUAGACUUUACCAAUGUGACACUCUUUCUUACCCCGGAAACAGCAUGAAACUUUGCAAAUUCAGUUUCUUACCAGGCUAACUCUUUGUCCCUCAUUCCUAGGUUUUCACGUGUGUGCGGCUGGGUGGUAUGACAAAGGUCGUGUAGGCUACCCUAUCGUCAAAGCUGGUGCCAACUGUGGUUUUGGGAAGGUUGGUGUCAUCGACUACGGGUACAGGCUGAACAAGAGUGAGAGAUGGGACGUCUACUGCUACAACCCCAACUGUGAGUAGUGAACAGACCUGGUUUCAAAUACUAUUCCAAAUCAUUUCAAAUUCUCAAUCUGUGCUUGAUUGAACUUGACUGUUGUAAUUGGAACCAAUAGAAAAGUCUCAAAAGUGCAAACUUCACCCACCUGGCACUCCAGGCAGGCUAAAGAAAACACUCAAAGUAUUUGAACGAUUUCAAAUAGUAUUUGAACCCAUCUGCUUGCAUGACAAAUGGAGGUUAAGGCAAUCCUGGGUGUGUUGGUUUAACAGUUUAAUGGACCAUGAGUCUUCACCAUAUGAGAUGAGUGUGUGGUUGAGUCAGACAGACAUUGCUUUCUAAUGGGUGACGUUAGGGGAACACAGGGUCAGAGUUGUAAAGUUGAUUGUGGUCCAUGACAUGUAGGCUAAUGUACUAGUGGGACACAUUGAUGACUGUACAUGGACAGGCGGUUGUGGUCUGGGUCAGGGUGAGAACUUCCCUGGUAGGCCAUUGACUGUACAUAGGCAGUUCGAUUCCAGGCUGUAUCACAACCGUCCGUGAUUGGGAGUCCCAUAGUGCGGCGCACAAUUGGCCCAGUGUCGCCCGGGUUUGGCCGGUGUAGGCCGUCAUUGUAAAUAAGAAUUUGUUCUUAACUGACUUACCUAGUUAAAUAAAGGUAAAAAUAAAUAAAAAAUGUGGUAAGAACUUUAUCCAGUUAUUGUAAAUAUCGGGGACAUAUUUACAACACUUUUACCGCAUCUUUAAUUUAUCAUGACAAAACAGCUGUAUUGGGGCCUGUCAUGAUGUUUUCAUGGUGGAGAAUGACACAUGACCACAUGUUUGGAGUUGUCACCACAUGUGAUGACUGUACUCAACAUGGAAGAGGUUGCCUCAUUGGAUGAGAUAGCUGCCUUAAGAUACUGACAGUGUCCCAAAUGGCACCAUAUUUCUUUUUUAGUGCACUACUUUUUGACAUAGCACUCUGGUCAAAAGUAGUGCACUAAAUAGGUAAUAGGAUGCCAUUUAGGGCAUAGACGCUCAUUUUCCCCAUAAUUGCCUGUGACUUAGAGGAUUUAUGGUUCGCAUUUCAUAAGUUAUGGAUGAAUUGCAUAAAACAACUCCUAAUUACAAUAAUUUUCCCUUUACAAAUCCAAGGGAUCUAGAGCUUUUGAUUUCAUUUCACCCAAACUGGACAUUUCAUUUUCUUCAUUCAAAUGACAAAGAAGUCUCUUUUCCCAUUUCUAACUUCAUUCAGUGGUCACAUCACAUGUGAAAGAGAACAACACAAGCAGAAUUUCCCUAUAUUUUCAUUUAUCAUAAAGCAUAAUGAUGAUAGCACAUGUAACACACUGAUGUAAUACACUGUUAGUUUUAUUAAACUUGUUUUGCUUACAGCGUUACUAUUAACAGUCUUUAGUAACAGCCAUUGUGCAGAAUAUUGUACUAUUUACAAUCAGCUAAGGAAAGUGACUAAUUUAAAAGUCCUCUGGAUCUAGUUUAGUUUAUUAGUUUAGUUUAUUGAUCUUUCUAUUUGAUCUGUUACAGUAUAUCGAUCAUAUCUAAUGUAACAUUUCCUCAUCCUGUCUCCUCCUUUCUCCUGGUCCACAGCAAAGGAGUGUGGAGGUACUCUGACAGACCAGCAGAGGAUCAUCCAGUCACCUGGUUACCCAGAGGAGUACCAGGAUGAGCAGAUCUGCUACUGGCACAUCCGUGUGCGCUAUGGACAGAGGAUACGCCUGCACUUCCUGGAGUUCGACGUGGAGGAGGACACGUCCUGUCUAGCAGACUACCUGGAGAUCUAUGACAGCUAUGACGACGUCUCUGGCUUCGCCGGGAGGUGAGGAUCCAGCUUUUGAUUGAAUGUGCCUUUGCAUUAAGUUUUAGUUUAUUGAGUUUACAUUGUAUGGUUGAUUUAGGGUUGUUACAGUCUUAUCCAAGAUGACAGAAAGUUGCAUUGUACUAAAUGUAUUGAUACUUACAUAGACUCUCUUUUCACACGACAAACUGUCAUAACAUAGGCUACUGUCCUCUAGUGGUGUUUAGUAUGACCAUUUUGUCCACAUGUUACUCUACGAUCAAAUAAAUCUAUUUAUUCUUUCCAGGUACUGUGGAGAUUACUUACCAGAUGACUUAAUUAGCACAGGUAUGACACAAACACAUUCCUAUUUUAUUACCAUAUAAUGAUGAAUACUCAUUAUUAUAGAUCAAGAAGUUACUGUAUAUUUAAAGCAAUUGUACACGAGCGGGCGUGUGUUGUGACUUUUUUAGCACGGCUGUGCUGCGGUUGUAGGUACGAGACAAAGCCCUUUUUUAAUCAUCAAGUGUUGAUCAAUUUUUAGUUAUAAUGGUUUUCUUUGAUAAACUGUGUCCACAUUUCAAAUAUCAGGACAGGAUGUAUUAUCAGUACUUUAUACACAUAGCAAUAUAUCCAAAUGUCCCCUUUCCCCGUUUCUCUCUCCCACAGGGAAUGUGAUGACACUAAAGUUCCUGUCCGAUGCGUCUGUAGUCGCAGGAGGCUUCCAGCUGGAGUACAUUGCUGUGAACGCUUCUCUCCUCCACUUCCAGAAUGACACCAGCUAUUACUUCACUUGAGCAAUUAUUUAAUAGAUGCUUUUUUAAAUAUUAAUGUUUCCUAUUGUAUUUAUAAUGUUGUCGUUUUAACUC